AUGGAAAAUGAAACUACUGAUCCAGACGCAGAAAAUAAGAUAUUACUUGAACCAUAUGAAUACAUUCGAACGAUACCGGGCAAACAAAUACGACCAAAAUUAAUAAAAGCAUUCAAUCAUUGGUUACAUAUUUCCGAUGAUAAAUUAGUACUAAUUAGUGAAAUUAUUGAAAUGCUUCAUAAUGCAAGUUUAUUAAUCGAUGAUAUUCAAGAUAACUCAAAAUUGAGACGUGGAAGUCCAGUGGCUCAUACAAUCUAUGGAGUACCAUUGACGAUUAAUGCGGCAAAUUUUGUUUAUUUUCUUGCAUUAGACAAAGCGUUAAUGUUAAAUCAUCCAGAUGUAACAAAACUAUUCGUAGAACAAUUAAUUGAAUUACAUCAUGGCCAAGGUAUGGAAAUAUGGUGGCGAGAUAAUUUUGUUGCCCCAUCUGAAGAUGAAUAUCGAACAAUGGUUGCUCGAAAAUGUGGUGGCCUAUUUAAUCUUGGAAUUCGUUUGAUGCAAUUAUUUUCAUCAGAACAACAAGAUUUUAAUACAAUAUGUCAUCUGUUAAGUUUAUUAUUUCAAAUUCGAGAUGACUAUUGUAAUUUAAUAUCAAAAGAAUAUACACAAAAUAAAUCCUAUUGUGAAGAUUUAACAGAAGGAAAAUUUUCAUUUCCCAUUAUUCAUGCAAUAAAUACACACGAUAGUGAUACACGAAUAAUUCAUAUUUUAAAACAACGUACACAAGAUUAUGAAUUAAAAACAUAUUGUGUUAAUCUAUUACAUGAAUUCGGUUCAAUUGAAUAUACAAAACGUGUCUGUUAUGAUUUAGCAAAAUCAACAUUUGAAGAAAUUGAUUUACUCGGUGGUAAUGUUUAUUUAGAAAAUAUUGUUCGAACAUUAAUGAAAGUAUUUGAGGAUAAUGAUGAACAAGAACAACAAUCUAAUAAUAAAUUUCGAGCGAGUAAUGAUACUCUAGUUACAGAUCAAUUAGAUGAUGACGAAGAAGUGGAAGAAUAUUAUCCGAAUAAUGGAUAUGAUGAAGAUGAUAAUCGAACAAAUUUAUCAGAUGAACGACAAUAUAUAAAUGAUAAAAAGUCGAUGAAUUAUGUUACAACACAAAAGAAGUUUAUUAAUAACAGUAAUAACAGUAACAAAACGAAUAAUGGAAAAUAUCUUCCUAUACAUCAGCAACGAACAAUGAAUAAUAUUCCAUAUUCAAAUCGUUUUGAUUCUUAA